AUGGGAGACCUUCGGGGCGCCACACGCCAUCAACAGCAAGCAAAUUCCUUUUACGCACCAUCUCAGCGCUCAAUAAUCAACCCUGAUCUCACCUCUACUGCUUACCACGGUGCCGCUGGAAAUAUCGACUCUCACUGGAAUGCACCGCCAGCCAUCCGACUAGACAAAGACGGCUUCCAGGACAUUCAACUGUGCGAAGAAUCCCGUCUUAUUCGCGAGUGUGCCGCGACAACCUCGCCGCCGACACGUGAAGGCCUGGGCAACCGGCUGCUGUCUACUAUACAACAACAAUCAGCAUCUCCCACGGCGACUGCACUGGCUAGAUCUGGAACUGCACUUCACAACCGAGCCAGAUCGUGGGCUGCUUAUGUGCCAAAGCUUAACACGAACAGCAACCAGUCAAGCCCAACAAAAGGUCAACCCCGACCAGCCAACGAGAAGCUGCCCAAUAAACUAUUUGGCGACCUCUUCCACGGAGAGUCCGCACCAGUACACUUAGGUGUGCCAACCUCUCCUACCAAGGAGCUCGACGAGAGCGAGCUUGUGAUGGACUACCAACCGGGCUUCACUGAGCGACCGAGCGCACGGCACGCUCGCAGGGGAAGCACCAUGUCAGUCAAGUCGACAAAAGGUCCCGCUAAGACCUCGUGGUUUGGCCGGAAGGCUAGCACGCCCGCACCCAAAGUAAACGCGAUCGAGGACGAGAUACUCAGUAUCAACAUCAACACCAGCCUUUUCCCCCAUGGACAAGGCGAUACACUUUCACCGCAGUCUUACAACGACCUCCUACUGAACGCGACCAAUCUUCUACAACGGAUGCAGGCAUCUUACAAAGAGAAAGUCGAAUACAUAGCAAGCAUCCAGCCCGAGAUCGACGCGCAGAAGGAAGAGGUUGAGGAGGCAGAGAUACGAUCGGCACACUUGAAGAGACAGCUGGAGGACCUCGGCAAGCAGCAGGAGGAGCAGAAGCAGGUGAACGAGGAACUGAUGACCAUGCUGUCAGAGACGAAGAUGAAGCUAUCAGAAGAACGCGAGAAGUCAAAGACAAUCAGGCUGGUGCCACGUGAUACAGAGGGUGGUGCAAGUGACGAUGAGUCGCGCAGACGAGGCAAGCGAAGAUCGGCUGGAAAUGCCUCAGACUCUGGCUUUGAAUCAGAUGCAGACACUGCAUCUGUGUUUUCGUCUGGAAUGCAAACGCCGGCUUCGCACAGACAACCACACUUUAUGUUAUCAGACCACGAUGCCACACCCAGAAGACGAGCACUUUCGCCGCGAGAAAGCGUGGCGUCCUCGAACGCCUGGUCUGGCAGCACGAAGCAUUCCACAGUUGGUAACACUGUUGCAUGGACUACUCUUGAGCAACUCAGACACGAAAAUCGUCAAUUACGUAUGGAGAAGGAGGUCAUCCAGCAAAAUCUGCAAGGCUGUAUUGAGAUCGUUGAUGGUUUGGCGGGCGGGCUGGCGGGUAAUUUCAGCAAACUUGAGCCUUAUAGCGAUGAUUAG